AUGACUUAUUUCUUCGUGAAAGCCAUACCUGGGGUCCAGGAUUUUGGUGUACAUGUGGCCUCACUAGCAUCCUUGACUGUGGCAGAUUUAAUAUCCCAGAUCAACUCCCGAUUACCCCCAGCAGUGGCCAAAUCCACUUAUGUUAGCAUGCAAAAUGGAUCCAUAAUCAGCCAGAACCGCAACCAAAAACUGUCCGAGGUAUUUCCAGAUGAUCCAGAAUAUCUUUUAUUACGAUUAAAUGGCUGCUUGUGUGGAGGUAAAGGAGGAUUUGGGUCCAUGCUCCGAGAUAUGGGCAAAAAGAAGAGGAAGAAGGGUCCCCGGAGAGAAGAGGAAAUGGAUAGUUUUAAAACACUGGAUGGAAGGAGCAUGAAAAGUAUACGACAAGCGAAAGAGCUGUUGGCUCAUUUGGACAAACUCCCUGAGAUGGAGAAACAGAAGAUAGAGAAGAAGCGAGCCAAACUGCUGUCUAUUAUUGACUCUGCAAAUCGAGCCACCAACUCAGCAUCAAGUUCCAAGUUCAGUGAUACUGACUAUCUCGAAACCUGCGAAAAGCUGGUGUCAGAUGUGAGACAAGCGGUUAUGAACCACAGUGAGGAAAGUCUUUCGGAUUCUGCUAGUGUAUCGUCAGAAACGUCGAAAUCGUCGAAAUCGUCUGUGACCGACUCAGAAAUCUCGUCGAAAUCGACUUCACUCAAAGGUAAAGAGAAGACGACUCAAAAAACCCCAAAUAUUCAAAUAACAUCUUCUGAGGAGGUUGUAGUUGCGACUAGUAGACCCAAAGCGAUGAACUUCUUUGAAGACGAAGAUUACGAUGAAGACGAUGACGAGUAA